GCAGUUGACAUUUUAUAAUAAUUUUGGCAUAUUUCCAAAUGUAAAUUUUAAGUAUUUUAUUACGGGAAAAUCAAAAUUCUCAGUAACUGCUUCAAAAAAAUAAUUAAAUGGACGCGGAAACAGCUGCACCCUCGCUUUUUGAGAUAGAUUGGUGGGAUUUGAAAAUAUAUCAACAUCCACCAUGCCUUUUUUCUCUAUGGUACCUAUUCACUAUUGUAGAUUUACUCUGGAAUCCGGUUAAAGAAAAAGUUAAUGAACUAAUUGAGUUGUGCGGUCCUAAAGAACAACCAGAAGGUGAAGGUGGUGGUGAAGGUGAAGGUGAAGGUGAAGGUGAAGGCAGUGAUAAAGCUGGAAAGAGAAAGUGGUGGAAAAGAAAACCUAGUGACGAGGUAGAAGAAGGAGAAGCAACAGAAACGGAAGGAGAAACCGAGGAAGAAGGCGAAGCAACUGAAGAAGAAAAAGCUGAAGAAGGAAAAGCUGAAGAAGGAAAAGCUGAAGAAGCAGAGGAAGGGGAAGGCGGAGAAGGAGAAGGGGAAGGAGAAGAAGAAAAAGAAGAAGAGUAAAUAUAAGUAAUUAAUAUAAUUAACAGCACCCUAAAAUACAAUCAUUUAUAUUGCAUAAUAUGCUAAAUGUUUGAAAUAAAAACUGCUUAUACUUGGUAUAUAAUAAAAAAUGUC